AUGGGCGCCGCCAUUCUGGUAGGCGGGGCCAACGCUCCGCAGCCAAUCAACCCAGGGGAACCCGAUGGACGUUUAACCGUACAGCGCGUGAUUUGCUCGUCGUCGUUGUUGUUUUUCGCCUCCGUGCCACGAUUGGGCAGUUUUGAAAAACGCCACUGGGCGGUUGACGGAGAGUCCCGAGGGGGCGUGGCUUUGCCGAGGCCUUUGAGAGGGGGCAGCCCCGCCCCAAUACAGUGGGAGGAUAAUAGUAGGAGGGCGGACGGACGUUGCACGACUGUUAGUACGUCACGUGAUUCUGUGGUGGGCACCCCGCCCAGGUUUAAAAGGAGAGUGUAUUAUUGUGACGGGGGGUAUAAUUUUCCCGCCUUUUUUCUUGAGGGGAUUCUCCCCCUCGUUUGAAAGGCGGGGGGGGGGGAGUGUAGACAAAAGACUCUUUUGUUAUUUUAAAUCUGAGGUGAAAUUUCACGGUUUUGUGAAAGGAGCUCAGCUUGCAAACCGAAGGAAGGAGCUCAUUUCCCCGCCCCACACACUUUCGGGGCGGGGGCGGGAAUGUUUUUUGUAGCAUUUAAAAAACUGAAGAAGGAAUUUUGUCUGCUAUUUCAGUGAAAGUGCUAUUUUGAUAAUGUUAUUAACAAAAUAGAAUGAGAAAAACAACACGUUUCUUUUAUAUAGAAGGAAAAUCCAGAGGAAACCAGUAAUUUUGCUAUGUGUAACGGUUUGCCUUUCUUUGCCCCGUGUAAAACAUCAGACACCAGUGAUACACAAAAGCAUACAAUUAAAAACCACACGAAAUGUUUAAGAAUCAGCUAACUAUUGUGAAAGGACGUACCGUAUUUUUAAUUACUUGCAUAAGCCUGAUGGAAUUGAAAAGUCUUCAGAUGUUUAAAAGUUGGGGGGGGGGGGAGGUCCUUACCAAGGUUUCAAGGUUUGACCCGAGGUUUUGGGGUUUUAGGCUGUACAUUUUCCUGGGAGUACAUCGGCAUAGUGGGAUUUUCCUGGGGGCUUUUUGGGGGGGGGCAGAACCUAAGAUUUGUAUUGAUUUGCAAUGAUUUUUAGUGAUUGGGGGGCAAUUGCCCCCGUCCCCCUGCCUUGGCUACGCUUAUGUGGGAGUAAGUCCCUUUAAACUCGGGGUUUACUUCUGAGUAGGCAGAAACAGGAUGCAUUUAUUUAUUACAUUUAUAUCCUGCCCUUCCAAAGGAGCCCAGGGUGGCAAACAAGUAACAAAAAAAUAUAUUCAAAACAAUUCCAUUGCCGAAGGGAACUCUGGGAAAGAUAGUGACUUAAUGCUUCCUUUGUUAAAAAGUCCUUGCUUCAGAGACUUUGGAAGACGAGGGUUAAAUAUUGGGUUAAGGAAGCAGAAACAUAUAUUAUGACAUCCCCACCCUGCAGAAUUGUCUCUUAUGCACUUUUAAAGUUAACACAAAGGCCCGUCUAGUUCAGCAGCCCCCAAGCAAGAAAUGGAAUCAACAGCUGUCUCCCUGCCCCUUUCCCCCCCAGUCUCUCCUACCAGUAAUUGGUUUCCUGAAGUAGACUACCUGUGAGCCUGGAAAUUCCACAUAGCCAAAUAUAAACCAUCUUUUUAUAUCUCCACAGUUUGUUCCAGCCCUGGCGUUCUCUAUUCCUCUCAUUGUGGGAUAGACUGAGUGGUGAACAUGCACAUAGCAUAGCAAAUGAUCUCGAAGCAGGAAAGAAGGUAGUGAUCCUGCUUUUUUCAGGCUUUUAAAAUGAAAUUUAAUCUAGUUAUAUCAUGUUCUUCCAAGGAGCUCAAGGUGGUGCUACAUUGUUCUCUUACUCCCCCAAUUUUAUCCCCACAAGAUUGUGGCUAAGAGGUUAAGCUAAGAGGGAGGGAAUGGACCAAGGUCAUCCAGUGAGCUUCCUGGAUGAGUGAGCAUUUGAACCCAGGCCUUCAUAGUCCUAACUCAAUUGCCUAUAAGGUAAAAGGUAAAGGUAAAGGACCCCUCAAUGGUUAAGUCCAGUCAGAGGCGACUACGGGGUUGUUGCGCUCAUCUUGCUUUCAGGCCGAGGAGCUGGUGUUUGUCCACAGACAGUUUUCCGAGUCAUGUGGCCAGCAUGACUAAACCGCCACUGGCCCACGUAGGACCGUGAUGAGUGCCAGAGCGCAUGGAAAUGCUGUUUACCUUCCUGCUGCAGUAGUACCUAUUUAUCUACUUGCACUGGCAUGCUUUCAAACUGCUAGGUUGGCAGGAGUUGGGACAGAGCAACAGGAGCUCACCCCGUUGCGGGGAUUUGAACCGCCGACCUUCCGAUCAGCAAGCCCAAGAGGAUCGGUGGUUUAGACCACAGCGUCACCCGCAUCCCUGUCAAUUGCCUAUACCACAUUAAGAAUGGCAUGAGCUUUCUUCCCCAAGCAGUGCUCCAUUUUCCACAAGGACUACCCUUGAGGACUCAAGUUCUGUACUCUGAACCUCAGGAGACCUGAUAACCUAAUUCAGUUUGAAGGCUAUUCUUUGUUCACCACAUAUUAUGCUUCCUUUUUCACAUCAACAGCCCUACACACACACACACCUGCAAUGUCUGGGUGCUGUUUACCUGCUUUAGCUACAAGGGCAAGCAUAUAUGCUUGGUUGUUGGCCCACCAUAAGGGGUUGCACUGAUCACCUUUUCUUUCUUUUUAAAAAAAUGCUUGUUCAGUACUUAGGGUCAUAAAACCUGUUCUGGCAAGUUUUAAAUUAAACCUAGUAAGAAAUUUGAUCCAUCUUGUGCGUGCUUGGGGAAAAUUAGAAAAAGCUACAAAUUGUCUGAGCAAGAAGUCAAGGCUAAAUUGCUAUUAAAUUCAUUCAAGGCUAAAUUGCAAAAAAGCAAAACUAAAGCAGCCUCUUUUCCUGUUUGCUGAGAUUUGUACCUUCCAAAAGUUGUAGCAAGGUUAUCAAAACCGAUGCCUUUCUAUUUGUCCUGGCAAAAGGUUAUCACCACAGAUUUCCUUCCAUUUGUUUUAGCAAAAGAGAUUUUAGAACAUAAGGAGGAGCCCUGCUCAAUCCAAUGAAAGGUCCAUCUACAUAUUGCUUUCCCACACUGACCACAACUUGUUUAAGUUGUCACUUCAGAUUUCUGUACACCACUUUGAUAUUUGUAAUACAUUGUGCAGUACAGUCAUACCUCAUGUUACGUUUGCUUCAUGAUACUUUUUUCAGGUUGUGUCCCGUGGCGACCCGGAAGUAUCAGAAAAGGGUUACUUCCGGGUUUCGCCGCUCGCGCAGGUGCACAAAAUGACGCCGCACGCAUCCGCAGAAGCAGCAAAUCGAAACCUGCGUGUGUGCAGACAUGCCGCUGCAGGUUGCCUUCUGCUCAUGUUGCGAACGGGCCUCCGGAACGGAUCCCGUUCGCAACCAGAGGUACCACUGUAUAGAAAUGAUGUAAACAAUAAUAAUAAAACAUGCAGUAGCAACAUUUACCGUAAUAUUUAAUAGGCAAGACAAGCUCCAAGGAAUAUAAAAACUUUUUCCCUCUGGCAGUGGAAAGAAAGCAAGGAAGUUAUGUGACAGUUUAUUUGCAGUCAACCAAAACAUAUUAUUUUAGAAUAGUUCUUGUUUUCCAUCUUUUUUUGUUUCAAACUGUAUAUAUACAUUAUUUUGACAGCAGUUGACAUUACUUCAGAAAGUGUUAUGCCUGGAACAGAAUGGAACAUUUUACCAUUCCUUCCAGAAUUCAUGAGUUGUUUUAGCUUCUUCAGAAAAGUAUUUGCAGUAAGAAGCAUACAAUAAGCCUCCAGUAGAAGACCUGAUACAAAAAGUCCCUCCUUCUGUUUGUUUGUUGCUAGGCGUUAUGAUAUGUGAUGAUUCAACAGCCAGACUUGUCUUAAUUCAUUUUGUCCUUGUAUCAUGUACAGACAAUCACUUGUUCAGGCAAUCCCCCCUCCCCAACAAUGUGUACUCUAGUGUGGGGCAGAGUGUGAAUUUAUUCCCUCUAGGUUGUGCUUCUGGUACAAAAAAACCCCACAACCUUUCUGCAGAAAAUUGUGGUUGCUGAAAAACACAUGAAACAGUAUGCCUUCUUAUGAGUAUAAUUUUCCACAUUUGUGGUUUAGCUGGGAUGCAAAAGUGCCUAUCCUGAAGCAUCAAAAUCUCUCAACUGUACUGAAAGAGAUUGUUUUAGACAGGGAAGUCAUAGGGUUAAUCAUGACUUUGGGCCAAGGUAAUGGAAAAAUAUCUUGGCUUCAGUUCAGUCCUGCAGCGCAGUGUUCUCUACAGUGGCGUCCCUAGCAACAUUCUGCUAUUGCUCCCAAAGCCGUCUUGUCUGCUGCUUCCCCCCAGCUCUGCUUUCCUGGUGUUCUUUGGUGUUUGUAUUUUUCCAUUAUGAAGAGCUGUUUGUACUCUAUUUGUGCAGGUGCCCUUUCUCCAAAGUCUAGGAGAGUCAAAGCUUAAUUGAUUUAACAGAAUCUGAGUCUUGUUUAAAGCCAGAUGCCCUGGUCUUAAAGGCAGGGCUGCAUAUUAUCACAUUUGUCCUGUUUUCUUCAUUAGCUGUAGAAAACAAACUUGAACUGAGUAUUUACACCAAUUAGAUUGAAAGAAUAAGCCAAGACAUAAGAGCAAUUCUUCUUAGCACAAUUUCCUUUGCUAUUAGUUUAAAUCAUAAACAGCAUGGGGAACAUUAUUUAAAGAAAUGGCCCAUGCAGAUAUGACUAGACUGAUUCCUUUCUAUACUGCGUACUGGAACAGAAAGCCUGAUGGAUAGAAAGUGAAUGAAAGACACUUUAAAUUCAGAUGGACAUUUAGCCUAUAUAUUGUUAUCCAUCCAUCCAUCCAGUUUUUUACAUCUGAACUGCAGAUGCAGGAAGGGGAGGCAAAAAAACUGGUACAUUGUUUAUGAAAACAGCUUAAACCUCAGAGCCAGUGUUCGAAACUCCCAUUGUUCUAGGUGCAUUUUGUGACAGGGAAUUUCAUUAGUGCGAGCAGUUUUUCAGCUCUGGGCACAGUAGUGCACCUAAGAUUUCAGAUUAAAACUGCAGAGUGGAAGGAAAGGAGGACCUUUUCCUGCCUCUCCACUUCCAGCUACUCUCUGAAGACUGGGAAAGAGACCCUCUUCAGAAUAUUCAUUCAUUUUCAGCUUUGUAUUCUUGUUAUAUAAAAAUCGUGCCUGGACAUUCUGUUGUUGGGCCCAUAAGCUAGGUUUAAGGUGCCAUUUAGCUCCUAGCUUUCAUAUCUCAGUUUCUAACACUGCUCAGAGCCACAGAUGAAAUUUAGCACAGCAAGGUCUUGUCCUAGCUACUGGAAAACAUUUGUGCACAUAAUAUAGAUUGACAUCCUCUCCAUAAGGUAUAUCUUGAGACAUAUAGUGAGUACCAGGACUGAAGUGGGAUGGGAGUGGGACACAGCAGAUAAAGAGAACAAAGGUGUAUUGGCAGCAUUUCAAGAGCUGAGCUCCAUAACGUAAGACAUAUUUGAACAUAAUACAUAUAGAUAAGAUUAUAUGAAGGCCUGCAAUACAAGCGGAUUGGGGAGGGGGCUGUGGGUUGCAGUGCUUCAUCAUGGUGGUGGCGGGAAGCUCAGCACCUGCCCAUAGCUCAGUAUAGCCAUGCUGCAGCAAGAUUUAUGCUCUCAUCCCAAGCAUUAAAUUAUGUGUCAUGCUUUAAAUUUCUUCUCUUGAGGCCUGACCCUCCUCAACACAAACACACAGAGACACCCCCUCAUUAGGGGCCCAUUCUUGCUUGGAAAUUAACAUUUUUGUGUUGCUUUCCAAGCAUCCAUAACUAUUCCAGUGCCACCCCAAGAGGCUCACUUCAAGGAAUCAAGCUUACAUUCCUUUCCCUGAUUCCAAACACAAGUGCUCAGGGCUUGGCAUUCCUUUCCCCACAAUACUGAAAGCAACAGGUUAAGAAUCUGUAUGUAAACUGUAAGGCAAACUGCAGGGUUAGCACUUAGGUUCCCUGGAGAGCAGCAUUCCACACCCAUUGAGCUCUGAAGUCAGUGAUGGCAACCUCUUUGAGCAAGACCCUCAAGCAGAAGGCUUUUUAAGGGAAGGGAAGGAGAAAAAUGUUCUAUGGGAAAGAGAGCAGAAGAUCUUCUCACUUGCUCAGUUAGGAGAGCAUCCUUGACAGUUCACUGUGGACGCUUGUUAAUCAUAUCCUUAGUGUGGCUGUGGACAAUGUGUGUUGCAGCUUUGCAACUCUUGAAUACCUCUUAAGCUAGUUGUAUGGAAAAUUCUUCUUAAAUAUUACAAUAUAAAAGCAUGGUUCUUGAAAUUGUAGACAGAGCAAGAGUCUUCCUAGGUAAGAUUUGACCCACUGCCCUGCUAGUGUAAGCAACAGUCUCCUGGUGGUUCCAGGAUGUCAUUUCUCUUGGGGGAAGGGGACAAAAUAUGGUCCCAGAUACCACUCCUUGUCUUGGAUAUGUCAACUGUGUUCACACACAGUUUCAAUUUAUGUAUUUUAAGGAGAUUUAUUGUUAAUCUUUUAUACCUCUCAAUAAUUACAGCAGUGUGGCAAGACAAGCAACAACAUACAAAAGAGCAAGGGGCUCAUGCCUGGACAAGGACAUGUAGUACAGCAGAGCUUUCCAAACUGUGGGUCGCGAUACGUUAGUGUGUCGGCUGCAGUGUGUAGCGUGAACACUCUCUGUGCUCCUCCCGUGGCUGGAAAGUUUAACCACUGUUUUGCUAGUAAAACUGAAUAACUGUGUCACGAAAUGAUGCAUGUCUAAAAAGUAUGUCACCAACAUGAAAGGUUUGGAAAGCUCUAUAGUACAGUAUGACUUUGUAACAGUAACUAUCCAACAUGGAGAGCCUAUAAGCUUGCUAGCGAAGUUUGGGAUGCACAAGUGAUCUGAAGUGGGAGAGCAGGGGAAAGUAUUUUGACUGCAAUGUGGGUGGCAGCACUGAUAAUACACACUUCAUGUGUCAUUACAGUUUUAUCCAUGCUCUCUGCUUUCUUCUUUGAUCUGCCUUUUCCUGGCCAUAAAACAAGAAUUAGUUGUACUAGCCAAACUGUUGCCUUCAUUUUGAUCUUUAUUGUUUUCUUGAAGGGUUGAACAUCUGUUCCCUCUAUACUUGAGAGGCCAGCUAUACAUUGAAAUCCCCUGGUCUAAAAUUAUUGCACUACACACAACAGCUUCAUUGCUACACAUGAGCUUGCAGUUGGCUCUUAUGCUGUUUAUUAUUGACUAAAAGGCCAAAGGGAAACACUACCCAACAUCCACAACACAUGCUCUUAGUACUUAACAGUGGGCUCAAGGAGAGGGGGAGAAAAUGUAGCCUGUAGGCUGUUUAAACAAAACCAUAGCUGUAUUUCUCCAUUCAAAGAUACCGUCAUUACUGUCUGUAUACACAACACUCAUGCUAUCAUUAUUUUAAUAAUCUGAAUCGUGCAGUCAAUGCAGCUACCAAAAAAGGCACCAGAUUGCAUUUAUUUAUAAUCCUGUUAAAUUAGCAAUGAGCCAAUCUCUUCAGUUCUCACCAUAACAGUCUCUGUUUUCAUGUUGAUAUUAACUUACUCCCCUCAGUUUUCAUUUUGUGGAUUUCUUUGGUGUGAUUGUCUUUUCUCCUCUAAUUUCAUACAUUUCUUUCUGCUUGUGCCAUCCUCCCCUGCUCCUCAUCUCACACACCCCUUUACAACGUAACAGAGCUGGAGAUGCUUUCGGCAUUUAUGGUAAUGUUUGGAUUUGUGAUCCCUAAAAAAAGAAAGAAAGAUGGCCUCUGUCCAUUUCAUUCAGUUUUAUUUGUGGCAGGCUGUUGAGCUGGGGGAAAGGAAGCAUAUAAGAGGCAUCCCAGGACAAGCUAGGAUUUGUUCCUGAAAUGCUCCUCUAAAUCUUUAUGCUUUCUUUUCUGUUCCUUAACACUGUUUCCUGUCACUGGUCACUUCAAGUUGACCAGUUUAUUGAGCAGUCAUGCUGAUUUUGUUUGCACAACAUUUGCAGGGAGGAUAGACAACGCUAUCUAUUUAUUCAGCAUUCAUUCUGGUUUGGUCUUGUGGAGGUUAUAUGACAUUAUGUCAAGUAACUGUCAUCCCAUGCUUUCCCCGUCAGUUUCCUUAUGGCAAAAAGACCGGGGAGCGGGGGCAGGGAGAAGUGGGCUUGUUGAACAAGAGUACUAAAUCAACCUGGAGUGCUAAAUCAACCUGUACAACCUGGAUUGUGUUUGUGAUUGAAGUCCACCUGAAAAUAGUAACAGCCUGGAAGUGGCCACUCUGUCUGCUUAAAUGGAGGGGCUUUUUUGCUCUUCAUUCCAGUCCCAUUCAUAACUUCCUUUUGCAUGCACUGGAUUCUCCCUGAACCUAACAUUUCACUUCCAAACUAGACAUUGUCUUUGAUAGGCAGGUCUCAAACAGAAAAUAUUAUUGGUGUGCCCAUCUGAAAUAUUUGGAGGAGGCUGACCUCCUGGCACUUUUCCCAGCCAAGAGAGCAAAGGACAUUUUAGAAUUCAGCACUCAGCUUGGAGGACUGAGUACAGACAGAGACACCAUGCUCUGAAAUUUCUUGUAGCUAUGGUACAUCUGUAUUCUAGUAAUAAAUUUGAGAGAAUUUAUACCCUGUCUUUCCAGUGCAGGGAACACAGCUCAAGGCAGUUUACAACAAAAUAAAAUCACAUAAUUAAAUCAGCAUAACCCUCCUGGCCAUCAAUACAACUGAAAAUGGACAGAACAGAUAACACCAGGUAUUGGUCCACUAAAAAUAUGGAUGACCAAUCCCAAAGAGCCAUAGUAAUAGUAAUAGUAAUAGUAAUAGUAAUAAUAAUAAUAGAGUCUUUGCAUGGCUCUGGGCUGUUCUCCUCAGCGGCCUCAGUUUAAAGUUCCUUCCCAUAUUACUGCUGCUUUCCUUUCCUCACCUGCCUUCCCCCUUUUCCUAGACAUUCCUGGAGACUCCUGUUUAUAAGGUGACCCUACACACCAUGAGAUAGGUAUUAUCAUGUGUCAGCUGUAUCCCCAAAGCUGCAGUACAAUACCUGAGUCAUGAUAAGAGGUUGUUAUUUCACUCUGUCAUAACUGCUUACAUCACAGGAUCUGGGAAUCUCUCUUACAAAAGCGUGAGUGCAGCUCUUGGCAAUAAGCUGGAAAUAACGAGGCGACUCAGUUAACAUGCAGCAGCUGAAGGCCUACAGCAGAACAGAAGGACACUCAACUUCCUACUGCUUGGAAAGUACCGUCAAGCAUUGCCUCACUCCAAGUUCCUUUGCAAAGCUGGUUCUUGUUUCAGACAGUUGCUGAAGGUGGGCACACACUCAUUUGCUUGGAAAACAAAUCAACAGCUGUCCCUUUACGGCUGUGUCAUCCUUGCUUCAAGAAUAUAGUGCACUGUUUCCUACAUGCUUGUUUGACUCAGAUGACUCUGAUUUACUGUUGUUUUUUAUUUUGAGAAUUGAAUGAACUUCCCAGAUCUGCCUCAUGCUUCAUUCUCAAAUUACCAGCCUCCCUUAUCUAAUUUCAUUAGGAGUCAUUUAUGCUUAUAUUUAUGCGGGCAGAGCCCUGGAAGAGAACAGCCUCUGGCAGUUGGCACUGAGAAUUGCCAGAAUUCCAGGCAAUAGCAUCUAUUGUAGGAAAGUGUGACUUGGUCUUCUAGCAAAGACAAAACAGUUUCUCUCCAAGUGCUUUAAAAACUUGUCAUGGUUGGCAAUAUCUGCGUGGCCAGAAGUCUCCCAGCACUAUCACUAAAAUGGCAAUUUAAAAGUGGUUUAGUGGCAGCUGUUCAAUGACUGACUAUUAUUUAGUAGUCUUUGCAUAAGAACUGCAUGGGUAUUAAAUGCUCAAUGUUAUGCUUUUAUUGCACGAAUAUUACAUUUUUCUAACACAAAACCCACCAAAAUUUGCAGAGGGGUCUACACAAUUCAUCCUAGUGGCUGUGUACAUAGUCAGAUUUCCUCUGCAUCCAGUGCGCUCCCACCACUGGUUUUUGAAGCAGUGAACACAUAACAUUAGCCACGCUCCACAUCUAUCCUGAAGUUUUUUGAGAAUGUACUGUGUUUUGAUGCACUUCCCCCCAGCUUGGCUUAGCUGUCAACGUUUCCCAUUUUUUAAGGGAAAUUCCCUUAUUCCAAAUAGGAUUCCUCGCAAGAAAAGGGAAAACUUGACAGCUAUGCCCCAACCAGCUUUGAUCCAAUUUGAAACGUAAACCAUAUGAAGGCAUCUGGGCCCACCCUCUGCCCACUGGUGUAGGAGACUUGCAAACACAAUCACGUAUACAUGUGAUUCAAAACCCAGCAGAAAAAAUGACCUUGCUGCAUUUUAAGCCAGUAUUGUGUGCCCACUGCUGUUAUGACUGCUGUGUAGGAUGUGGUUGAUCAUGAGCCCUACAAAAUAUUGACUGCAAUUUGAACAUUCAGCCACACUUUUAAGAGAUAAGUACCAGCAUAGAUCCAUGCCCCUAGCAUGCUCCACCAUUCAGCAAAAGAUUUUAAAAAUAUAGCGCUUCUAAGAAAAUUAUUUUGGUGCCAUGUGCUAUGCUGUGUUUUCUCUUAGGAGCAGCAGAAACGUGCAAGUCUAACUCUUUGUGCCUAA